UUCCCGCCAAUAUCACCAAAUCACACUACCUUAACCCCCAAACUUUAAUCAACAUAUUACAGAUUCAAAAAUCAAAACCCUAAACUUUUGAUCGGAGAAAUGGAUACCAGCGGUGGCGGUGCGGCGCCCACCGGUUGCUACAAGUGCGGCCGUCCCGGACACUGGUCCCGUGACUGUCCGUCAAACCCUAACCCUAACCCUAACUCUAACAGUGACCGUUCUAGUUACAAACCGGCAGCAUCAUCGCAUCCUUUCAAGGCAAGCGGUGCGGCAGGUGGAGCCUCGUUUGCGGCUCAAAAACCGGCGGCUGAAAAGCCGAAAAAGGCUCCGAAAACCAGACCGAAGCUCACUCCAGAAUUGCUGUUAUCUGAUGACGGAAUUGGAUUCGUUCUUCGGCAUUUUCCUAAAGCUCUCAAGUACCGUGGCCGUGGCCACGAGACAAAUGAUUUGGGGAAUCUUCUAAGCUUGUACGCAGAAUGGCACUCACAUCUUAUUCCUUACUACUCAUUUGACCACUUUGUUCAUAAGGUGGAACAAGUUGGCAGCUCAAAACGUGUUAAGAUGUGCAUAAAUGAUCUGCGAGAAAGAAUUGCAAAUGGAGGAGACCCAACCAAGCUACAUGAAACACUAGAGCCGCAUGAAAACUCAAAUCCUGAACAAGAUAAAGGGUUGGAUCAGGAAGAUACUUUGCCGAAUCAUGACUCAGAUGAUGUUCAACACAGUUUGUUUGAUGAGAUCUUUGAAACCACUAAUGAAGAACCAUCUGGGCCAUUGAGUAAGGAGGGUACAAAUGGUGAUACACGUGUACCAAAAGAAGUGCCAGGUCAGACCACAGGUGGCAACAAUAGUAUAGAAAUGUCAGAAGAAAUAAAAGCCCGCAUAGAAGCAAACAGGCUAAGGGCAUUGGAGAGAGCUGCUGCUCGUAAACGGGCUUUGGAAUCACAGGCCUCUUGACUUUCACUGUUGUAACUGUUAUAUCCAUUGUCUUUUUUUGUUCACUCCAAUUAUUGGGCUUUUAAAAUUUGUUAUGUGGGCCACUUAACAAGAAAUACAUGUUUUGGGUCUAAUUUAAGUGUGAAAGUUUGGGUUUAUAAAAUAU